AUGCAAUUGGAGAAUCAGCUCUUUGCCCUACCAGCCACAUUGACCGACCGUUGGCGCACCGAGCAUGAAAAGCUGAACCCAACAACGAUUCUCACAGAUAACGGCUCAGCGGGCGAUAUCAAUUUCUACAUUCCGCCCAGCACAUCUGGUCUGCUUAGCUUGGCGGAUAUGGUUCUGGAACUGGAGGUUGGCAUCACGCAGAUCAGUGUGGAGGUGGACGGUCAGAGCUAUCCAACAAAACCUUACACUGCCGACUUUGGACGGUCGCAGUCGCUGGAGUGCUACGAUGGCUUACUGGACACCUUGGGCCACCGAACGCAUCCUCAAAACAGCGUCAAUUUCAAUCGGACCGCUUAUAACAAUGGCUAUACAUUCUUCGGCUUUGACCUGACACCGGGACAUACUGGAAGAGGACCGCUCACUUUGGUGAAACAAGGCAAUUUAAGCGUGUCGGUCAGCUUUGAGAAGCCUCUGGAUAAAACAGUCAUGAUGGUCGCCAUGUUGGUGUACGACAGUAUUAUUGAAAUAAACCAGCAUCGCCAGUUGAUUGCGGACUUUUCAACAUGAACACCGACCAGAUCCUGAAUGCACUGCAGUCAAAUCCAGCUACAAAGACAGUGCUACGUGGAGUUUACGCCAGCAACGAAGUGCCUAGUGAACUUUCGCCCUACCCUGGAGCGGCGGUGGUCAACAUUGAUCCAGCGGACCAAGGCGGAUCGCACUGGAUUGCUUUCUAUCAAGGAGAACAUGGCAUUUUGGAAGUGUUCGAUUCGUUUGGGAGGAAACUGGAUUCGUAUUCCAAAGACUUUGCUCAUUUGAUUUCGUCAAAUCGGAUUAUACAGCAGUCCGAACAAUUUCAAUCUGAAUAUUCUACCGUGUGUGGGCAGUAUUGUUUGUUUUUCAUUCUUCGGCGUGUUAGCGGCGAGACUUAUACCAAUAUUGUGCAUUUGUUUACCGAUAACCGAGCAAGCAACGACAAAAUGGUCUGUCAGUAUGUUAAUUCAUUUUUUGACAUAAAUACCAAAGUGAUUGACGGUGCAUUUAUCCGUCAGAUAUGUA